AUGGGCCCACCCCUGAAGAUAGAAGUUAAUCUACUAUGGGCCCAUGGUGGGGGCUCUGGCCUUGCCAAAUUCAAGGUGUUUGUUGAGUCGGAAGAUGAGGAGGACUCAGUCACUCAGCCGAUUUCGCGUGGAGUUCCAGAGGUCGUCCUCCCCUGGCUCUCCCCAGAUGUUGCAAGGAUGUCCGGAUCACCUCGGUCACCCCAGAGCCCGAAGAAGAAACCCUUUGGGCCUGCUACAGCAAUUGCCAGCAAACGUCCGGAGGUCAUCGAGCCCCCUCAGGCAACUCCUGAACCUCUGGUAGAGGUGCACCCCAGUCAUCGACGCAGAACAACCCUUGCCAGGCUUGCCACAAGAUGGAAUGGCCCUGCGCAACUCGGUUUGACAAGAGGACCAGCGCCCCUGUGCAUGUCCUGCGUCUACUGCACCACCAAGAAGAUCAAGUGCAUCUCCGUCAAUCCAUCACCCGGACCACCAGGAGGACCAGAUCCAGGACCCCUUCCAAAGCUCCCUCCAAAGCUCCGGCCACCUUGCAAUCCACCGGCCCAUCAAUCUCAGGUCUCUUCCGUCACUCCUGGUCCAUCUCGUGCCCAAACACCAAAGGUGCAAACACGUGGUCGCAGCAAGACUGUCACUGCUGCCAAGGAACCUACACCUGCACCAGCUCUCCCAUCUUCGACUUCCGGAGUUCCUCAUUCGGCACUCGAUGUGCCAAUGCUGGAUUUGCAUGCCAUGGCAAUGGCUGAUUCGGGAGGAUUGACACCCUGCAAUGCCUUCAUGAAGGCCUUCAACGCGAAAUCAUCCUCCAGCACCCAACAUUUCCACUUCCGGAUGCCCAAGGUGAUGCAACAUCAUUUUUGCUUCAUCAACCUGUCCCUCCGGCCAUGUCAACCCCUGCAUCCGCACUUCCUCCUCUCAUUGACCUGUCUAUGGAAGGGAUGGAGCCCAACCCCCCCCCCCCCCAACCUCCAGGAUGAGUCUGCCAUCGAUGGACUCAUAUUUGAGCUCAACCAAAUUCAUCCUGAGGUUUCACAGAUGCCCAGCGAAAUUGUGAAACCAGAUGAUCCAGGCAAUCUUUUCCCAGAGUAUGAUUCAGUUGAAGAGAUGGAUGUUCAAGUGAAGGGUGAACCUUCUGGUGAGGAUGUUGACAUGACUACAUAA